UCGCAUUACCUUCUGUCAUAGUUUUUUUUUCCCCUCAAUACCGCUGUAUAAAACCAAACCCCGGAAGGGACACCUAUCAUCAAGGCAGGAAAAAGGUCGGAGGUAAAUACCGGCUAUCUUAAAAUGCUUGAAAUCUGUCUGUUGUAAGGGAUUUGUUUGGUAGCUUCUAGUCCCAAUUGCAUGACACGCGGUGGUAUAAACUGUUGGAGCCCUCAUCUGCGGUCAGCGAUUCGGCCAAACAUGGGUGCCUACGUUAGCGGAAUUUCCACUCUUCCUCCUUGCAAGAUAUUGAACAACAGCAACAACGUCAAAAUUAACAAUGACAAAAAAGAGCAACAAAACACUCAAAGAGGCGACUCUGAUGCAGUCUGUACUCUACACGGUCAUUAUCCUGACUCUGCUGAACAUUUCUGCGCGAUUUGCCGUGCGCGAAGCGAUAGAGGGAACUGGAUUCUAGAGCAAGCCCACAAGCCCUUGCAGCGCGGUUCGCAAUGGCGGCAUGGCGCUUAUUUCGAAUGACAAAACUCUUUUGACAUUGUCAAUGUUCUGGUAGAUAAACAAAAGAGGUUUUAAUUCAACGUAAAGAAAAAAGCUAUACAAUGAACAGUGUGGAAAGGUUGGAUGUUCAUCCUCGAAUAAUAACAGCGCUAAAGAAAGCAAAGUUGGCAAGCCAAACCGCAAUUCUUUGCAUGUCAGCAUCAGAUCUGGAGAGGACCACAAAGCUUUCAUCGUUUGAUGUCUCCAUUCUUAUAAAAGCUGUGGCAUAUUCUCUUCCGUGUCCAACCAUGAGAACAGCACUGUCAUUAUGUAACAAUGACACUCACAAUCACAGUUCAAACAAGGGACAUAGAUUGUCUUUAGGGUGCCAAAUAUUGGAUGGCUUCCUACGUGGGGGCAUCCUGAGAGAAGGCAUCACAGAGAUUACAGGAGAGAGUUCCUCUGGCAAAACACAAACUUGUUUACAGCUGUGUCUUUCAGUUCAGUUACCACUUGAGCAUGGUGGCCUUGGAGGGGGUGCAGUUUACAUUUCAACUGAGGAUGUUUUUCCCAGCAAAAGACUUCAUCAACUUACACAGAGUUUUGCCAAAGGGGAAGCCAGUCUCACUGACAAUAUUUUCAUUGAACAUGCCGCUGAUGUGGAUGACUUACGGAACAUCAUAAUGCAUCGCUUGCCUGUGCUGCUGAAUAGAGGAGCCAUUAAGCUUGUGAUCAUCGACUCCAUUGCCGCCCUCUUUCGUGUGGAGUAUUCACUUGGAGAAACAUCCAAGCGAGCAAAGAUUCUCAGGUCAUUUGGGGCACAACUUCACAAACUUAGCAAUCUGUAUUCUAUCCCAGUUGUAUGUGUGAAUCAGGUCUCUGAUGUUAUUCAAACUGAGAAGAACAGAUGGAUGAGUGGAAAUAAGGCAGUAAUUCCUGCUCUUGGAAUGGCUUGGUCCAGUAUGGUGACUGUGCGUCUGAUGUUAUCCCGCACAGAACAACUGCUGCAGGUAUGUGUGUGUUUUGUAGGAGCAGGCAGGAUGUCAGAAGUAAUUCAGUCAAGGCUAGAGAUUAAUUCGCUGUUAGUCAGGAUUAAAGAACUCCAGUGUAAAGUAGGCAGCAAAUUAUUGAUUGUAAGCAGGCAAAAAAAGGUGGCUUCAGUGGAACCCCACUAAUGCGGUCACUAAUGGGCCAUGAAAAUUUGGCCGUAUUAACAGGGUGGCUGUGUUAUUAACGAGGUAGAGUCAAACAAACCUCUUGACUGGUCUAAAUUGAGUGGUCUUAACAGAUUUAUCACUAACAACUGUUCUUUAAUAA